CUAGAGAUAUGACAUUACCUCUGUUGUGAUGGUUGCAGUUGCGAGCGUGGCCGUGAAGUUAUGACAUGAAAACCUGAAAACUGCGUGAAAACCGGAGACCAUGGCCGCCGUAUUGAAGAAACGAGCAUUAGCCGAGUUUAGUCAAGUUCUGCAAGAGGAGCCGCCUAAACCACUGAAAAAGUUAUGCAUAUCCAAGAAGCCGGCACCCCAAAGGACUGUCGAUGUCGCCGAAGUUCUGCAGUCAGGCAGCUCGUCGGAUGUGAUCAUGAUGCUGAUUCAGUUAUCGGAGUGCCUGCCGACACAGUCAGAAGAGGUGCAGAAUGUGUACAAGUCUUUGCUGGAGCACUUCUCCAACGAGAAAGAGACAACAGCUCGUGCCAAGCUCUCCUCGGUGCUGGGCCAGCUGGUGUGUCGGCAGGGUGCCCCCGAACCUGCAGCAGCACUUGAGGACCUUGCCGCACUGCUUCGCACAGAGACCUCACAUGCCGUAUUAGCUGCCCUGGUUGAUUCACUGCACUGUGUUGGGCUGCAGGCGUCCAGCGACAAGCGUGUCCAGCACAAGGCCAGCCAGCUGGCCAGGCAGGCACUGUUAGAUGGAAACCACAGAGUGCAGUGCAAGUGCUUGCGCCUGCUGAGUGACCUGCUCCCCACGGAUGGCCGACCUGAGGCCCUGUCGUCGUUGCUCAGCGAUUACAGCCGCCAUCAGGAUCCUCGCGUUCGCACAGCAGCCUUCCAGGCCAUGUACCGUCUUCAUGAUCGGGGCCUGAAGCUGGAUGUGAGCCUGUAUGAACAUGUGACGACUGCAUUGACUGAUGACUACGAAAGUGUGCGGAUAGCUGCCCUGAAGCUGGUGCAAGUGAUAAGCCAUGCAUAUGGAAACAACCUUGUGCAGGUACGAAACAGCCAGGAGCAAAUCCGACUAGCAGACGAUGCUUUUGCCAAGAUCUGCCAGAUGGUCGGUGAUCUCUCCAUGUGUGUGCGCAUUGAAGCAGCCUUGCUGAUGGGUACCAUGGGCCACGUGAGCCUGCAGUUUUUGGAGCAGACUCUUGACAAGAAGCUCAUGUCGAAUCUCAGGCGUAAGCGGUCUGCACAUGAGCGACAACGGGAGAGCUAUGAGAGCGGCGAAUGGUCCUCAGGCCAACGGUGGGCAGACGAUGCACCUCGCGAGGAAGUGGAUGCCCAGACUGUAAGCCUCAUGGGCUCAGGUGCCUGUGGGGCGUUCGUGCAUGGCCUGGAAGAUGAGUUCCUCGAGGUACGGCUGGCAUCCCUGGACUCCCUGUGUCGGCUGGCCCUCCAAUUCCCAUCAUUUGCGGCCCAGUCUCUGGACUUUAUCGUGGACAUGUUCAAUGACGAGAUUGAAGAGGUGCGGCUCAAGGCUAUUCAGUGCUUGGGCCGCAUCAGCAACCAGAUUGUGCUGCGUGAGGACCAGCUGGAGACCGUCCUUGCUGUGCUUGAGGACUCGUCGAUGGACAUCCGGGAAGCCCUCCAUGAAGUUCUGGGUGGCUGCUGCCUGUCGACAAAGGCAGGCCUCAAGGCAUGUGUGGAUGCCCUUCUGGACAAUCUCAAGCGCUACCCGCAGGACAAGCGCUCUCUCUGGAGGUGCCUGCGGUUGCUGGGGCUACGACACCCAUAUCUGGCACUGCCAUUGGUUCCUGAACUCCUGGGCAUUCAUGCAUACUUUGACCUGCCAGAGCCUGAUGUGGAAGAUCCAGCUUACAUGAGCACACUGAUAUUGGUGUUCAAUGCAGCAGCGGGGUGCCCAACCAUGGUGCCACUGUUUGAGGAGCACACGUUGCGUCACUACUCGUAUCUCAAAGAUUCCUUCCCCAGCUUGGUGCCCCAACUUAGGCUUCCAAAUCAGCAGAGUAGCCCUUCAGAAGGAUUGGCAUCUUGCUCCCUGGCGCAGUCACACAGCUUCCUGCACCAGGCACUUGAACGGGCAUGUGCAGCUGAACUCCGGCACCCUGCGGCCAGGCAGGGGUGGCUUGAGACGUCCAUUCGGGACCUCCAGAGGCUUGCAGAGAUUGAGCCCCAGCUGACGGCUGCCGCCAGCUGCGCCAGCUUGUACCUGCGAUGCCAGCUGCUCUUUGCCAAGAUCCUGUCUAACAAGAGCUGGCUCAACCUGUCUGCUGCCUCACCGUUGCAGAGCUGUGCCCUGAAAUCCCUGCUGGAACAGCUUCUGCAGCAGACGUUUGUGCUGCAACACCAAUUCCUUGGCCUUGAGCGAGCAGAAGAAGGCUCGCUGCGGCAGCUGCGCCUGCGUGCACUUGCCCUGCAGCUGGUUGUUGUCAUCCGGGGCAGCAACGCCUCAGCAUUGGGGCUCUGUGAGGCCUUCAUCGAGCAGCUUGAAAACCUCCAGGGGUUCCUGGAGGAGCACAACCUCCAGCCAGAUGCAUUCACGGCUGCCAUGCUCCGUGAGGUGGAUGCACUCGAGGAGCCCAAGCCAGGUGCUGUGGCGCGUGUGCUGCAGCCCCUGCUUCAGGCGCAUGCCUGCCCCACACUACGCUUCUGCACUGCUCAAACCGGGGCCCUACCAAAUGCAGGACUGGAGCGCAUUAAGCAAACACGUGCUGUCCUGUAUGAGCCGGCCGGAGAAACGGACCUGCCACAGAAGUUCACAGCAGGUCUUGUGCUGGCUAUCACCUUGGAUGCUGAGAUAGAGAGUGUCCAAGAUAUUAGGAAUGUUCGUGUAAAGGUGAGGUACCCAGACAAACAGGUACAGCUUAUCCUACCUCGGCUUGCAGACUUCAGGCAGCUGGAAGACCUCAAGUACCGGCUCUAUACAACUGUGUUGCUCUCGCAUGGUGUCUGGUCAGAGGCGCUGCAUGUCGAGAUGGGUCUGGUGCUCGACUUUGCAGACACCGAGGUCCACAGCAAGGGGGCCCAACGAUCAGGUCUCGGGCUUCGCUCUGAGGACCACACCAUUGAGCUGUGCAAGCCUGUGCGCGUCUAUAUUGCACCCAAGCCUAUCAAGAGGGGACUGUGAUUCACUGUACAGAUUGUAGAUUAAAUAUCUUAUCACGUAAA